GUUGGAUUUCCGAACGCAGCAGUCUCAGUCGGGCGAAAAUGGCGGCUCCCUUGCCUUCGCUUGGGCACUAAGUCGCAUAGGUUCUCGCACGAAUUUUUUACGAUUUUUGUGUGAAAAUGUGAAUAUGAUGAAUUAAAACCUGCUGUGAAGUGUUGUUUCAGUGUGUUAGAAUAUGUGGCGGACAGAGAUGUGCCGUUUCGGCGCUGGAAACUGGAUUUUCUUGCUGGCUUGUGUUCAUUUGUUUACGUGCACCCAAGGUGGGGAGGAUGCCAUCGACACGAUGUUCUCCCUGACGUCGGAGCCCGCGGACCUGGCGGUGGCGGAGGGCGAGCCCGCCAUGCUGCUGUGCGGAGCGCCCUCCCCCGCGCGCCUCUCCUGGCGGUACAGCGCCAGCGCGCCGCCCACCAGGGACCACGCCUUGCCUACAGCUGACUCCUACAGAAGGCAGCUGUCAAACGGGUCACUAGUCAUAGAGAACAUGUCAGCUGCUUUGGCGGGGCAGUACCAGUGCGUGGCCACCGUGGACGGAGUGGGCACCGUGGUGUCCAGAGUCGCCAACCUCUUUCUAGCAGAAGUACCAGAACUAGGAGAAGCUCCUCGCGUAAUAAUGGGAGUGCUGGGAUCCCCAGCGCUCCUGUCCUGUCCUAUUCGUCUACCAGCGCGCUUGGCUGUCAGAAUCGUGCCGUCUCCCUCAUCACCCUUGCAGCCAGAGAGACGGGUAUAUGGCGCCGCGAGGAUACAUGCGCCGCCACCCGUGUUAAAACUUAAUGUGACGUGGCUAAAGAACGGGUCGCCGGUGAGGAUGGAGGCGGCAAGGGUGUCGCUGACACCCGGCGGGGCGCUGGAGAUCGACCCGUUAAGGACGCACGACGCGGCCUCAUACCGAUGCAGUGUGGCGCUGGCGCAUUCACACAAGAAACCCUCCCUGGGUCCAGAGACAGAGCUGCGCGUGAACAGCGAGCUGGCCAACUUGGAGGCAGCGCCCAGGUUCAUCACCACUCCGCAACCCGUCACUGUGAUGGAAGGCGCAUCGGUGACCUUCGACUGCGCCGCGGUCGGCAACCCUAAACCGGAGAUGGUGUGGCUCAACAACGGAGUCGCCAUCGACCUCAAUGACCUGGACUCUCGCUUCUACCUGGUGGGUUCGGGAUCGCUUCGCGUCCAAACCGCGAGGGCGCUGGACGCCGGGACUUAUACCUGUCGAGCGACCAACAGGCUGGACUCCGCUGAUCACUCCACGCAGUUACAUGUCAUGACGUCCCCGCGCGUGACGCUGCGCGAGGGCAGCGUGGUGCGCGCGCGCACGCGCGGCGACGUGACGCUGCGCUGCGAGGCGCGCGGGCGCCCGCCGCCCGCCGUCACGUGGCUCAAGGACGGCGAGCCCCUCACGCCCAACGACCACGACAUCGCCCUCGUUGACGGGUCGUCGCUUCGAAUCCGCGGCGUGCUGGCCGUGGACGCGGGCGUGUUCCAGUGCGCCGCCGCGUCGCUCGCCGGCAGCGCCGCCGCCGCGCUGCGGCUCAUUGUCACUCCUCACGAUCUCCCAAACCGCCCGAAACCACCCAAAAACUCCACCCAAGACAUUUUCAACUCCCUCGUCUCCGACCUAGACCAAACCUUAGACCCGACUCCGGAAGAUCUAGAUUUUUUAGGCGAGACCUCGUCGGCGUAUACUUCAGAGCCUUUGUACGACGACUACAGCACCUUAGAGUCGUAUAACAGUGAUUACGAUGACUUUCAUGCCGCUCAAGACCUGGACGUGGACGACGUGAGGAAGGCGAACGCGACUGUGGUCUCUGCGCCGCAGGAGUUAAGGGCGGUUAUCGUGAAGCAUCGCUUCGUGACGUUGAGCUGGCAGGAGCCGGAGAACAAGAUGGAGCCCAUCACGGGAUAUGCGAUUCUGUACAAAGUGAAGGGGAGUGAACGGGAGCGCAUCUCCCGCGGCGACGGCGCGCGCCACGAGAUGAACGUAGCGUCCCUGCAGCCCAACACCACCUACCAGUUCCAGGCCGUGGCCGUCACCCACCACGCCGUGUCGCCGCCCACGCAGAUCGUGGAAGUGACGACCCCCGAGGAGGAACUAACGUACGGGCCCCCGCGGAACGUGGCGGUGGAGGCGGCGGGCCCCCACGCGCUGCGCGUGGCGUGGCAGGCCCCCGACCCGCUGCCCUCCCUGGCCUCCUCACCGCCGCCCCCGACGCGAUUCGCUAUAUACUACACCGAGGUGGAGUCGGGCCGCGAGCAAUCCCAGUGGGCGGAAGGGUCCAGCAGCACUGUGGGCGGUCUACGCGCGGCGACCGCGUACCGCGUGCGGGUGAGCGCGGCGGGCGGCGCGGCCUCGCCCGACGUCGUCGCGCGCACGCCCGCGGACGCGCCCGCCGCGCCGCCCGCCAACGUCACCGCCACUCCCACUAGCGACACGUCGAUCCUGGUGCGCUGGGAGGCGCCGCCGCCGCGCACGCACCGCGGCGCGCUCACGGGCUACAAGCUGCGCUACCGCGUGGUGUCGGCGACCACUCGCCGCCGCGCGGACUCGCUCACCACGCCCGCCGACACGCGCCGCGCCGAGCUGCGCGGCCUGGAGCCCUCACAGACCUACCAGAUCCGCGUGUGCGCCAUCAACGCCAACGGGUCGGGCCCGUUCAGCGAGUGGGUGUCGGCCAGCACGCAGGGCCGCCGCCGCGCCGAGGCCGCCGUGCCCGCCGCGCCGCCGCCGCUCACCACGCGCGCCGGCCGGGACUGGAUCUCGGUGUGGUGGGGGCCGGGGGACGGCGGCGGGGGGGACGCGCUCGUGCGCGGACACUGGCUGGGCUGGGGGCUCGGCGUGCCGGACGAGCACUCGCGCGAGCUGCCCGCGCACGCGCACUCGCACGUCAUCCGCGGACUCGAGUCGAACGCGGAGUACGUGAUAUCGCUCCGCGCGAGCAACGCGUUGGGGCUAGGGCCGGCGGUGUACGCCACCGUGCGCACCAAGCCCAGCGAGCCGGCGGACGACACGGACGAGCCGGACGAGCCCGACGUGGACGAGCCGGGCGACGGGGACGAGGACGAGGAGGACGACACCCCGCCGCUCAUUCCGCCUGUGGGACUCAAGGUGAUCAUGUUGAGCGGGUCGACGGCGGUGGUGUACUGGACGGACCCCAGCCUGCCCAAGGGCGCGGCCGCCACAGACGGGCGGCGCUACGCCGUGCGCGCGGCGGGCGGCGGCCGCACGCGCGUCUACAACGCCUCCGACCUCAACUGCAUGAUCGACGACCUGCGACCCUUCACCAAGUACGAGUUCGCCGUCAAACUUAUCAAAGGUGGUCGCGAGUCGGCGUGGUCGAUGCUGGCCAGCAACACGUCGCUGGAGGCGGCGCCGGGCGGCGCGCCGCGCGACCUGCGCGUGUCCGCCGCCGCGCCCUCCGCCCGCGCCGCCGACCUCACGUGGAGCCCGCCGCAGAGACCCAACGGCAUUAUCACUGGUUACGUGAUAAUGUAUGCGGUGCAGCGGUCGGGUUCAUCGGGCGCGGCGGAGGAGUGGACGGCGGUGACGGUGGUCGGGGACCGCACGCGCAGCCGCGUGGACCGCCUGCGCGCGCGCACCACCUACAGCUUUAAGAUCCAGGCGCGCAACAGCAAGGGCCUGGGGCCGUUCAGUUCUAUCGUUACUUACACUACGGGGUUAGAAGGCGGGGAGGGCGGCGGGCUGGCGAGCGCGACGUCUGCCUGGCUGUGGGCCAGCGCGGGCGGCGCCUGCGCAGUGCUGGCCUUGGCAGCCGCGCUAGCUCUGUCGCUGUGCUGUCGGAGGAACACGCCACCCAUGUCGCCCGAUACCAGCACGUACCAGAAGGCCUCAGCGUCCGCAGCGAUCAAACCCCCUGACCUUUGGAUCCACCACGACCAAAUGGAGCUGAAGCACAUGGACAAGAGUCUACACAGCUCCGCCAGUAAGAUAUCAGCGGGCAGCGUGGAGGGCAGUGCCUUGGUGUCUUCGACGCUGACGCUGGCCCGCGCCCCCGCGCCCCCCGCCUCCCUCUCCCACGCGCCGCCCGUCGACUACGAGCCCGCGCGCCACGCGCCGCCCUCGCUAGCCAGCCUCGACCGAAGAUACGUGCCCACAUACGUCGAGUCCCGCUCCCCCUCGGCGGCCGGCAGCGGCAGCGACGACACGGCCAUCCUGCGCGCGUCGCCCGCCGCCGCGUGUCGGCGCUGCGACUAUCGCUGCGACGCCUUCCCACCGUGCUUAGCCAUGACGGGCGUGGGCGUGGGCGUGGGCGUGGGGCUGGGCGUGGGCUGCACGGGUACGUGUGAGAGGCGGAGGCACAUGCCCGAUCAGAGCACGCCGCUGCUGGCGGGCGUGGCGCCGCUCGGCUCACCGCAAUCGUCGCUGGCGUCGCUGCACGCGCCGCCGCCCGCGCCCUGCGGGUCGGGGCAGUGUCCGCUGGGCGCGGCGUGCUCGGCGCCGGGCGUGCCCCCCGGCAGCGUCAGCUCCGCGUCCGACGUGUACGCGAGCGCGUCCACCGCGCGCGAGCGCGGACACUACGUCGCCUACGAGCCGCUGGGACACUACACACACCGCGAGUCGCUGAGCGCGGACGGGGAGCGCGCGUGCGGCGCGGGGGCGGCGGGGGCGGCGGGGGCGGCGGCGGCGGCGGGCGGGGGGUCGCUGUCGCGGCGCGGCGGGUGCGCGGGGGGGCUGCACAGCUUCGCGCUGCCGGACAACGCGUCCGACCACUCCACCCCCUCGCACUCUAAGGCGGGCAGCGUGCGCGAGACCUCCCCGUACAAGAAGAGUGCGAGCUCGUCGCCCGGACACAUCCCCAACCGACUGCAACUGGGUGGCGUGGUCUCCCACUGCUCGUCGGAGCUGGAGCCGCUGACGCCCUCGCGCUCCACGGAGCGGCUGCACCGCGAGAUGCAGAACCUCGAGGGUCUGAUGAAGGACCUGUCCGCCAUCACGCAGAGCCAGUUCCACUGCUAGCACGCGCCACGCGUACGCGCGCGCGAGCGCAGUGUGCAGGACUUCAACUACUACAUCGAUGUGUAACUUUAAUCGCGUAGUGUUCCUUACCUGAUAAAGUGGACUUAACCUUACCUUCACCUUAAUCCACCUUGGAUUUGCCUGACCUGACAACUGACAAGGUGGAUUCACCUGACCUGGUGCACAAUGUGGAUUUAUUGGCAACGUGGACUUAACCUGACAAGGUGGACUUAACCUGACAAGGUGGACUUGAUAAGUUGGACUUACCUGAUAAGAGGGACUUAGCUGACAAGCUUGACUUACCUGAGGUCGAUAUAUUCUUGCAGGUGCUACCUGUCGUUUAAAUGGGAAUAAUAAGGCUCCAAAAGUACGCACAAACUACUGUUUUCCGGUGCGUAUAGGUAGGCUGAUUAUGUAGUUUAUCACCAGUCUUUGAUAGCUUGAAAUGGAAUUAUCGGACGAGUGGAUUUACCUGGCGAGGUGGAAUUGUGUGUGUUUUUGUAUCUGCUGGCUACGAACAUGUUACAACGAUAUUCAAUCUAAAAACUAACAAUUCGAAAUCUUGUCAAAACUGAUUACUCUUUAUUAGACUUGCAACGAAUAGUAUAUUCGGCAGUAUACCGAAUACCGAAUA